GGGCGAGAGGCGGAAGGGUGGACUUGCUGGAAGAGGUAGAGGUAGAGGUAGAGGAAGAGGAAGAGGCAGCGGGGAAGCUCGUGGACGAGGAAGAGGUCGAGGCUACACGAACGUCAACAGGCCGGACGUACUUACGAAAAUGAGCGAAACGCUGGAAACGGUCGUCUGGACGAAGCCUCAGACUUUCACUAGCAAGAAAGGAAUAACUGGGCAACCCAUCAUGUUGCACUCCAACUACUACCAAGUGAAUGCCCGUCCGGACUGGGCCUUCUGCAUGUACCACGUCGAUUUCACGCCAGACGAGGAGAGGACACACGUGAAAAAGCAGCUGAUGCGGCAGCAUACACAGGCACUUGGAAAUUACAUCUUCGAUGGCAACCAGCUUUACACCUCUUACAAAAUCCAUGAUGAUCCACUGGAACUGGCUUCAAAGCGACCGGAGGAUGGUUCCCCGUACACUGUCAAAAUUCGCUUCAUCAAAGAAAUCCCAUCGUCCGACACCCAGUUUUUACAGAUUUUCUCAAUACUGAUCAGAAGAUGCUACGAAUACCUGGGACUCACUCAAAUAGGUCGACAUUACUACGACAGCAAGGCUGAAAUACAGAAUCAGAAAUACAGGUUAGCCAUAUGGCCAGGCUACAUCUCGAGCAUAAGACAGCAUGAACACAACAUCCUCAUGUGUUCCGACAUCAUCCACAAGUUCCUGAGGCUAGACUCAAUCUACGAAAUCAUGAGAAGGAUCAAGAAUGAUCGACCUGACACCUUCAAAGCAGCUGCGUGCAGGCAGCUGCUCGGGAUGAUAGUGAUGACAACUUACAACCAGAGGACGUACAGAAUCGAUGACAUUGCGUGGAACAUCACUGCAAGAAGCAAGUUCACUUGUCAGGGGGAAGACAUCACCUACAUGGAUUAUUACCAGAAGACCUACCAGGUCAAGAUACGUGACCCUUUCCAACCCCUGCUGAUGUCGAAGCCCAAGAAGAGGGACCUGCGCAGAGGGCAGGGCAACAUUUACCUCAUUCCUGAGCUGUGCGUUGCCACGGGACUCUCCGAGGACAUGAGGAAUGACUACUGCCUCAUGAGGGACUUCGCCGAGUGGACUCGUAUGUCUCCCGACAAGCGGGUGACAGCCCUGAAGAAGUUCAACCACAGACUUUUCGAAAAUGAACAGGCGAAAGCAGAGCUUCAGCAAUGGGGCCUGAGCUUUUCCCAAGUCUUGUGCCAAGUGAAGGGGAGAGUUUUACCCCCGGAAGCGAUCACGCAAGGAACACAAAACAUCACAUUCAGAGGAUUUGACCCCGACUGGACCAAGGAUGUAAAAGAUUUGCCUUUGAACGUAGCGCAGAAAAUCACCAAUUGGGUGUUGGUAUAUCCACUACGACAGAAGCAGGAGGCUGAAGAUCUUUUAAUGGGGCUUAAAAGAGUCAGCCGAUCAUUAGGCAUGGUAUUCACCCAGCCAGUGUUUGAAUGCCUGCAACAGGACUUCGCCCAAGAUUACAUAAGGGCAGUUUCAAGACACAAUGCAGUUCAGCUUGUUGUGUGUUUGCUGCCUAACAGCAAACUUGAUCGCUAUGCAGCCAUCAAAAAGCAUGUUUCGGUAGUCAUGGCUACUCCUUCACAGAUGGUUCUGGCUAAGAGUCUGCAAAACAAGCAAAGGCUUCUGAGUGUCGUCAACAAAAUCGCAAUACAGAUCAACUGCAAGCUCGGAGGCGAAGUUUGGAACGUACAAAUUCCAUUCCAGAAUACAAUGGUGGUUGGGUAUGAUGCCUACCACGACAGCACGAGGAGAGGAUCCUCCUGGGGAGCUGUGGUGGCUUCGUUCAACAAGAAUCUGACUCGAUACUAUGGUCAAGUAUCCAGACAUAUCAACCAUGAAGAACUGACUGCUAACUUCUGUAAUAAUAUUCAAAAUGCCCUGUAUCACUACAGUAAAGUCAACGGGACGCUUCCUGAACGAGUUAUCGUGUACAGGGAUGGUGUUGGCCAGGGUCAGCUGGAGUACGUCAAGAACAUCGAAAUUAAUGCAAUAAAGGCAUGCUUUCAAGCAAACAACUUUUCUCCUCGCUUCAGCUUUCUUGUGGUUAGCAAAAGGAUCAACACACGGUUGUUUGCACAGGGAGCACAGUCUGGCAAUCCCAUUAACCCUCCUUCAGGAACAGUUUGUGACGAUGUUCUAACACUCCCAGAGAGGUACGAUUUUUACCUUAUAAGCCAAAAGGUUUUACAGGGAACUGCAACGCCAACAUCGUACAACAUUCUGGAAGACAUCAACUCUAACCUGGAUGCUGAUAGACACCAGCGCCUUGCCUACAAACUCACCUACUUGUACUACAACUGGAUGGGCCCUGUGCGUGUUCCAGCACCUUGUUUGUAUGCACACAAAUUAGCAUACAUAACCGGACAAGCAAUUCACGAUGUGCCUCAUCAUUCUCUCGCUGACAAGCUGUGGUAUUUGUGAGCUUAUAUCUUCGCAUUCAAGUGGAAUCAGAAAUCACUGCAUGGCGGUCCGCGUAAUUUCCCAAACAAGAGAAGUUCGACAACAGUACGGUGUAGAAGGCCAUUCUUAGAUUAGCGGGAUGUUAACAUGUUGGAUUUUUUUUUUUUUGCAAGUGUGACUGUUUGAAUUGAUACUUUAAUUUCUUUGUCGUUUUUUUUAAUGUAUCCUGGGGUUUUGAAGACGGGGCCAGCUUGUGCACACACACCUACCUGCAUGUUCGUCAGGGAUUAGUCACACUCCACAGAUACAUUCAUACCUGCACUGAAUAAUAGUCUGGGACUAGUCACGUACUCCUGACUGACACAUUCAAAACCUGCCUAAUAGUCUGGGACUAGUCUCACACGUCCUUCAGAACUCUGCUACACAUUAAGAACAUUCAUCCCGUUUACCAAGAACUAAGGCUUUGUUGCCACAAAGUAUGAAAUUACGAGCAAGGGAAACAAGGAUAUUCUACAGUAUCUUAUUUACAUAAUACCGGGAACUGAAACAUUGUGGAUUACAAGUGUAAUCGAAAGAAUAUCCAAGUGGAAUACUGAGGAAUAUGCUCAAUUUUUUUCAGAUAAGUAUGUUUUGAUAAUGAAUAUAUUUUUACAUGCGUAAUACAUAUAAUACCUUUUUGUGAAUUUUUUAUUCGAGGCAUGCAGAAAGCAAUUUCUCUGCUAGUCUUGAUAUAAACUUAAUCCUGUUUAUAACAAUCUUCAAAUUGUUAUUUUUUUCAUAAUUUAGAUGAACCAACAAAUUACUUGUAGUAAUUACACACACAAUAACGUUUAAAACACACAUUGUUUAUGGUUUACUUUUAGUGAACGUAGAAAAUUCAUUGGCUCUUGGUACCAGUGAAGCCUACUGAAAAAUAUUGCAAGCAUGGAAAGUAAUGUAUACUGACAAGCUGUAACGGUUAUAAAUAGGCUGCUCGUUCAUUUUUAUUAUGUAAUUCAACCAGUCCUUUGACGCUAAUAUUUCAUUAAUUAAGUUUGUAAGUGAUAAGAAUGUUGGUCUAAUGUCAAAAACAAAUCCUUUGUC